AUGUCUGACUUAUUAAGUAGCGGUGAUGAUAGUAAAUUGAUGGAUGAUGAUAAAACGAUACAUUUUACAAAAUUGAAAUUAUUGAAUGAAUCAUGUAUUAUUGAUGGUGAUGAUAAUAAUAGUAAUGAUGAUGAUGAUGAUGAUGAUGUUGAUAACACAUCAAUAUAUACACUUCGUACUUAUCAUGAUAACAGUAGUAGCUGUGAUGAAGCUAUGAUGAUUGAAUCCAAUGAAUCAUUUCCUAAUACUUCAAUUUCAUCUAUUAUAAGUGAAAAAUUAAAAUUAUCAGUUGAAAAUCAAACAAGUAAUAGUUGUAGCGAUAAAGGAAUAAAUUUUAUGAACUCAAUUCAUGGAACCGCUUCAACACAAUCUUCACAAACUGAAUCAGAUGACUUAAAAAGUCAAAUAAUUGAUGAUGAAAUGUCACAAUUGUCGCAAUUAUGUUAUACAGCACGUACUAAAUUACCAGAAGAAAUUACUAACCCUGAAUUUAUUAACCUUUAUCAAAUUUCAGAUGAUCAACAAACACCUGAAUAUUCUGAUCAAACUGCAAAAAUAAACGCUCAAAGUGAAUCCAUUAUAACAGAAACAAAUGACAUUAUUCAAGAAGGCGUAGAAUUGGAACAGCAUACGGAAACGGUACAAAAUUUCAUCCGAAAUCCAGAAAAUGUAUCAUAA